AUGAUAAAGACAAAAAAAUGAUCUUUAACAUUGGUAUAUCAACACAAUUUCUUUCAGUUCAACAAGCAACAAUUACAAACAAAACGUUAUAGUGAUAAACGAUGUUUUGAUUUUACAGAUAUAGACAAAGAAGAUUUACCACCUGAACAUAUACGAAAAAUUAUUCGUGAUCGUGGUAAUAUGACAAAUAAAAAAUUUCAUCAUGAUAAACGUAUUUGUUUGGAUGCUUUAAAAUAUAUGCCACAUGCUAUACUUAAAUUACUCCCUAUGCCAUAG